AUGUCUUACAUGACCGGAUCCCACCAUGCUGCGACGUAUCAGUGUUACCAUGACCUGGAACCCAAUAUCUCCAACCCCAACCCCCGCGGCCCCAUACCAGACAGCAAUCACUUCACAACAGUGAAUGCCUGUUUUGCCCUGGAAAACAUAGCCCUAGCUAUUGUCCCGUCGUCCUCGCCGUCGGGGCGGCGAACGCGACUUCGCUCCAAGUUUUGGGGAGCGCAGGCACUCCCCCAGCGCCCCCUGGCCCCCGCCGUCGCUGGGCCCCGUGCUCACACGGAGGCACAGAAAGCCCGUAAAAAGGCCAAGCGCGCGAGCUACAAGGCCAAGAAGAAGAAGCGGGAACGAAAGUGCGCCCACCAUGGCAAAGGGAAGGGAAAGAAAUUAGCCACCACUAUGGCCCCUGAAGAGGGCGCCAAUGCCGAGUCUUUGGGAUUGGGGGAAGUGGAGAGCGACGACCCGGAGCCCCCACAAAUUACAGUCCCAGUACCCGACAAUGUGCCUUCUGACCAGCAAGAGGUUAGUAAGAUGGGGAACUAUACUGUCAGUUUGAAGCCCAGUGCCGAUGACUGGUAUAAAAUGGAUAAGGAAGAUCGAGAGGCGGAAUCCUGA